AUGGAGUCCCGAAUUGAACUGUCUGCCAUGCACCAGCUUGCUGAGGCAAGGGAUGAAGACGACAACUGGACUGGGUUAAAAGACAGGGAAGCCAGACGCAAAAGGCAAUAUCGUCUGAAUUCUCGAUCAUACAACGGGAGUACAGUGUUCCCACUGUCUUCUGACCAUCUCAUUCCCCUCGUACAAUUCAAUGCUUUUCGCGGUACCUUGACAAACAUGAUGAUUCUAUCAGUGACGCAUCUCAUCCCUCCCGAGUGCGACAUUACAGAAGCUCUGCACUCGACGCCUCUCUUCACUCCGCCCCCGGCACCGCCACCUUCACUGAUGCCAACGGCGCUCCAGCAAUCUGUGCCACACGACACGUGGAUCGAUCUUCUUCCUGACGCGACCGUGCGUGAUAACGCCAUUCGCACCAUGCACUUGUUUCGCGCAGAAGACAUAUGUGGCGACAUGUUGGGAAAUCCUCAACAAGGAAGAAAUACGAUUGAGAUGAACGGAGUGUUGGUCUGGGGAAAUCCGUGGGAUGCCAGCGGCUGGGAAAUGACUGAGGGUUUCCUGAAGAAAUGGGGGUUUCUGCUCAAAGGCUGCUGGGAGGCCAUGGCAGCGACGAACCAUUGGAGGGCGCAAAGGGGAGAUGAGCCGCUUGUUUUCGAUGUUUCAUAA